CACAUCACACUCCACCAUGAAGCUCCUGAUAUUCGUCUCCCUGGUUUCGGCAGCCGCCGCCGAAAAACUCCCGGCCUACAGUAUACAAAGGCCUUCUGGUCCAGGUUUCGAUAUACGAAGCUCAGGGAUCUCUGGAGGUGGAUUCGGUGGCGGCGCAGGGAUCGGUGGUGGAAGCUUCGGUGGCGGCGCAGGGAUCGGUGGUGGAAGCUUCGGUGGCGGCGCAGGAUUCGGUGGUGGUGCAGGAUUUGGAGGAGUCAGCUGUGGAGUUGGACAGAUUCGUCACGUGGACGGAAGUUGUGUGACUCCUAUUGUCACCAAAAACUCAUACGUGUAUGCUGCUCCACCAGUGGCCCCAAUCGUCGGUCCACGCCCAAAUGUUCCUCCACCAAGACUUGAACACAACAUUAUCUUCAUCCGUACCCCAGAAGUUGGAUUUGGUCAGGAACCCAUUGUGGUGCCACCACCUCAACAGAAGAACGUCGUGUACGUCCUCAACAAGCGACCAGAACUGGACCAACAAGUCGUCCACGUCCCAGCACCAGAACAACAGACUCCUCAAGUAUUCUUCGUCAACUACGCCGAGGGCGACAACCCGACUCUACCUACAGGAGAGGACCUCCAGUCUGCCCUCAGCGCUGCUGCGCACGGUGGCGGUCAGGUUAUUGGAGGCGGCAUUGGCGGAGGUAUUGGUGGUGGCAUCGGGGGCGAUAUUGGUGGCAGUAUUGGCGGUGGUGUUGGAGGAGGUGUCGUGGGUGACAGCGGACUCGGAGGUGGCUACAGUGUGUCGACCCCAUCUAGCCUAUAUUCCAAGCCAUAAACAGCGUCUUCUCCCUCUGGCUACUGCCAUCGUACUGCAGGACAAAACUCAUCGGCUAUAUUUAUUUUCCAGUUUUGCUAAUCCUUUUACUCAUUAUUUAAUAUAUUUAUUUUAACCAAGAGAUGGAUUUAUAUUUAAUAUGACAAACUCAAAUAUUUCUUACUGUAAACAAUAGCUAAAAUAAAUAUAAACCUUAUUAUUA